CCAUGGUUCGUGCAUACCAAUGGCUUCGUAGGGGGACAAGCAGCGAGGGGCUACUGAGUGGCUCAUAUUCCUUCAAGCAGCUCGUCCUCUUUUACUAGUGAUGGUGGAGGCACUGCGAUCACAACUGGGAGGUCGAUUUGAGGCUGUUGGGGGGGGCAGCUUCAUCGCGUCCGCCGUAUCGGGAAGUGAUGGGGAACAUGUUGCAGAUUGUCUGGGAGUUGCAGGAGGGGCCACCUUUGCAAACGGAUGAUCAACAGGAGUCUCUGAAGCGGUGUUGCGAUGACAUCUUCGAGGAGGGGCAAGAUGUGUUCGCAGCGCUGGAGGAGGAGUGGUACCUGCAUUUGUUCGAGACGGAGGAGGACGGUUAUACCAAUGCGUGCACCGCUGGCAGUGACGAGCUGGAGGAGGGUCAAACUGGUGUUAAUAAUACCCACGCUGCUGAUAAUGAUGCAAACAAUAACAACAUGUUCGUGCAGGUACGGGGUACAGACACACGGAUCGUGAGCCUGGGCUUGUCCGACAACGACGUCAACAACAACAACAACAACAACAACAACAACAACAAUAACAACAACAACAAUAACAGCAAUCACGACGCAAGGAUCGUGUGCACCGGCAACACCGUGACUGUAGAGCAUGACACUGCUGCAAGCGAGGAGAUGGUCAGCUCGUGCACGCCGGAUUGUGACAAUGACAACAGUGACAACAACAACGACACUAACAGCGACAACGGCAACGACAUAAACAACAUCAAUAACGACGGUUUGGUAAGUGUGGUAGGGGUCUCCUUUCUUGUCUACCCCUUCUUCUCUCCCCGACUGUCCUUGCCUCCUUGCGACCGUGUUGACGAUCUGAGGGGAGUGCGAAGGGGCUGUUUGAAUGGUCUGUUCAGCAGAUCGGAAGGGUGUGGAGGACAGUUAGGGAUGGGAAGGGUGCGCGUGGGGGUGGGUUAGACACUGGAUUCUCUUAUCGCAUCUGCCAGCUGCCACGUACUAGUAGGGUAGCUCUGGCCACG